GAGGCGGGAGGCGCCCGGGCCGUUUAAGUGGCCUCCCUCCCGCCCCCAGCCGCCUGCUCUGGCCCGGGCCCUGUGCUGACCCCCGGCGUGGCCCACUCCGGCCCUGCCCAGCUGCGCGACUCCCGCCUGGUACGCCGGCGGCCUCGGGAACAGCUCAAGCCCAUGAGGCCCGCGCGCCCCACCGCCGGUGCAGAAGAGACGGAGCUCCGGGCCCCCGCGGUGGAGCGGAGGAUCAAUGCGGUUCAGGAAUCGGUUCCAGCGUUUCAUGAACCAUCGGGCCCCAGCCAAUGGCCGCUACAAACCAACUUGCUACGAACAUGCUGCUAAUUGCUACACACACGCAUUCCUCAUUGUUCCGGCCAUCGUGGGCAGUGCCCUCCUCCAUCGGCUGUCUGAUGACUGUUGGGAAAAGAUAACAGCAUGGAUUUAUGGGAUGGGCCUUUGUGCCCUUUUCAUCGUCUCCACGGUGUUUCACAUAGUAUCCUGGAAAAAGAGCCACUUAAGGACAGUGGAGCAUUGUUUCCACAUGUGUGAUCGGAUGGUCAUCUAUUUCUUCAUUGCUGCUUCCUACGCUCCGUGGUUAAAUCUCCGCGAACUUGGACCCCUGGCAUCUCAUAUGCGUUGGUUUAUCUGGCUCAUGGCAGCUGGAGGAACCAUUUAUGUAUUUCUCUACCAUGAAAAGUAUAAAGUGGUUGAACUUUUCUUCUAUCUCACAAUGGGAUUUUCUCCAGCCUUGGUGGUGACAUCAAUGAACAACACAGAUGGACUCCAAGAGCUUGCCUGUGGGGGUGUGAUAUACUGCUUGGGAGUUGUGUUCUUCAAGAGCGAUGGCAUCAUACCGUUCGCCCAUGCCAUCUGGCACCUAUUUGUGGCCACAGCAGCUGCAGUGCACUACUAUGCCAUUUGGAAGUAUCUUUACCGAAGUCCCAGGGACUUUAUUCGACAUCUAUGACCAGUCUCGGCUAGGUCUUCAAAUCAGUAUUAUCUCAAUUGAGGCACUUGAGUGGGGUAAGAGCUGAACGUUGUACACGGAAGAAGAUUGAGCAACUUGCACUGACUUCGUUUAGUUUUUGUUUUUGUUUUUUUAAUAUAAUUACUGUGAAAGUAUAUAAAAAAAAAAAAAGCUGUGCCCUGGAUUUUUUUCCUCUUCACAGCCAACAAAUGAGGUAGUGGAUUAACGCUUCAUUCCAUUCCACUGUCAUGAAGGACUCUGGAUAGACUUGGCCAACUGAUGUUUACAAACCACAAUUUUGUAUUUUCAUUUUACAGACUUUAACGAGAUGAUUUUUUUCUAAAUUACUAGGUCAGGUUGUCAAAGUCAGUGCAAUAACACAGCUUCCUUUUUAA